AUGAAGGAGCACGAGGCCACCUGCCGGGCCGGACGCAGCCGUUUAGGCGACCUCGUCGGCCAGAAGAACCAGCUCCUCGUUAGGCGAGCAGCCUGCCACCUCAUCCAGCUGCCCUCGCCCGAGCGGCGCGCCCGGGAGGCUGCUCCGUCGGCGGAGCACGGCCGCCAAGAGUGCAUGCGGCGUCGGGGGGAGAACCACGAGGCCCAGGCCGCCGGCCGCGUCCGCCUGGAGGCACGGACCGAUGUGGAACGCGCCGCCGCGCAGGUGCUCGAGUUGUGCGGGAAGCAGAUGGUGCCUCCGCAGGAGGCGGAGCGCGAGCGCGCCCAAGCUGCAAGGACGGCAAGGAGGAGGGCGGCCGCUAAGGAAUGCAGCAAGAGGGCCGCCGCCGAGCCACCCAUCUGUCCUUCGGCCGAUGCCCAUGCCGGCCGCCCCGCCUGCUCCGCCCCGGCCCCGCUGCGCCGCCCCGGCCCCGCUGCGCUGCCCGGCCUUGCCUGCGCUCGCGCCGCCUCGUCCUCGCCCGUGCCGCCCGGCCCCGCCCGCUCCGCCCCCGGCUCUAUCCCACCCCGGCCGUGCUGCCCCCGCCCUGGCCCCGCCCCGACCGCGCCGCCAAAGCUCCGCCACACCCCGGCCCCGCCUAGCCCGCGCCGCCCCGGCCCCGGCCUCGCCUCGACCGCGCCGCCCCGGCUCCGGCUUCACGCCGCCGCGCCGCCCGCGCCGGCUCGGCCCCGCCCGCGCCGGCCCGGCUCCGCCACGCCCUGGCCCGACCCCGCCCGCGCCGCCCGCCUCGGCCCCGGCCGUGCCCGCUCCGUCCACGAGCUGCAGUGA